AUGAGGCGCCCACAAAAUGAGGUGCCUGAUGCCACUACUUGGAUGGCCAUCCCCAAAUACAGCUACCUUGGAACCAGGGGGACCACAUGCCUGGUAGCCCCGUCUCCUGCCAUUGCCACCAAAGUAGCACCACGACCAAAGGACCAGGAAUUUGUCCUUGAAGAAGGUACAUUUGCUCUUAAAAACUGGUUUAAAACAGGCAUGGAAAUUUAUAGACAGUUUUGGAUCUUUGAUGUGCAAAAUCCAGAGGAUGUGAGAGUGAAGAGCAGCAACAUUAAAGUUAAGCAAAGAGGUCCCUACACGUACAGAGUUCGUUAUUUAGCAAAAGAAAACAUAACCCAGGACACUGAGAAACACACCAUCUCUUUCAUACAGCCCAAUGGUGCCAUCUUUGAACCUUCACUAUCAGUUGGAUCUGAGAAUGACACAUUCACAGUUCUCAAUCUGGCUGUAGCUGCUGCACCCCAUAUCUAUCAGAAUUCAUUUGUUCAAAUGGUACUCAAUACACUUAUCAAUAAGUCAAAAUCUUCUAUGUUCCAAAGAAGAACUUUGAAAGAACUGUUAUGGGGCUAUACGGAUCCAUUUUUGAGUUUGGUUCCAUACCCUAUCCCUACCACAGUUGGUGUGUUUUAUCCUUACAACAACACUGCAGAUGGAGUUUAUAAAAUUUUCAGUGGAAAGGAUGACAUAAGCAAGAUUGCCAUAAUUGAGACUUACAAAGGUAAAAAGAAUCUCUUCUAUUGGGAAAGUUAUUGUGACAUGAUUAAUGGUACAGAUGGAGCCUCGUUUCCACCUUUUCUUGAGAAGACCAGGGUAUUAUACAUCUUUUUCCCUGAUGUUUGCAGGUCAGUCUAUGCUGUAUUUGAAGCCGACGUUGAUCUGAAAGGAAUCCCUGUGUAUCGAUUUGUUCUUCCAUCCAACAUCUUUGCACCCCCGCCUUUAAAUCCAGAAAACUAUUGUUUCUGCACAAAAAACUUUCUUUCUGAAUAUUGUAUGUCCCAUGGUGUGCUAGACAUCAGCAAAUGCAAAGAAGGAAAACCCGUGUACAUUUCACUUCCUCAUUUUCUACAUGCAAGUCCUGAUGUUUCAGAACCGAUUGAAGGCUUAAAUCCAAAUGAGGAAGAACAUAGGACAUACUUGGAUGUUGAACCUAUAACUGGAUUCAGUUUACGAUUUGCCAAACGGCUACAGGUCAACAUAUUGGUCAAGCCAGCAAAAAAUAUUGAGUGA